AUGGGCUUUCAAUGGCGAGCGGGCAACCAUUUUUUCUUCCGGCUCACCGCUCCAGCCGCGGUUUUGCCGCCGGCGCGGCGCGUUAGUUCAACUAUGGCCGCGCUAAGCGAUGUGUGUGCCGGUCUCGCACAGCACAAGGCCACGUUACUUCGGGAAUUGUGCGAUACGAACUUAUUAGACGUGCUCGUGAAAAAAGGCCUGUUUAGCGUCAAUGAUCUCGAGUUGAUAACCAGUGCGGUGGAUGCGGAUAAGUGUAAUUAUUUCAUAGAAGUUGUUGCCAAACAAAGUGGUGGGAAGUUGCAAGAGUUGUGCGCUGUUUUGAAUAAGGAAUGCCCGAAAUUAUCUAAAGAGCUUAUGAACGAUAGGCAACGGUAUAUAAUCAAUGGAUACAGUGUUACUAAUGGUGCCAAAGAUAAUAUGGUGAUGAAUCACAACUUAAAUAGGCGUGGAAUCUUUGGCAGACGGCCGAAGCGGCGUCCAGUCGACACCGACGCGGCCGCAGCGACGCGUCUACCCGCGUGGACUGACGCAUACGAGUCGAAAUUUUCAGCGGGAGAGCCAUUGUCGUCGACAACGAGGCAGGCUUCCGACUACGCGAUG